GAUGUGUCUCAGUGUCUUCAUCGUUAUUGGAGUUGGCUCUGACAUGCUCUUUGUCUACACGGACUUCUACAAGCAAUCUUUGUUGUUUUCCAGGGAGCCGGUCGACAGAUUGAAGUUCACAUACAUGCAGGCCGCCAGUAGUACAGCGGCCACUACCUUCACCACGGCCAUGUCCUUCUUUGCGAACUUGGCUUCGGUGCUGCGACCGCUGAGGGAGUUCGGAUUCUUCAUGGGCGUCUGCGUCACCUUAGCCUGGCUGAUUGUGUUCCUGGCCUAUCCAUCAACCCUGGUCAUUGGUGAGCGCUUACACACCUGUUGCAGGCGUUGCAUCCUGGCGGAGACGUCGACGUCGUCGACGUCGUCGUCGCGGAAGUCGGUGGCGCAGCAGGCGAAACGGAAGAGUAUGGUGAUGUUGGCCGACGCCUUAGACCCCAGCAAGAAAGGCGUGGGAGCCGCGCAGGCAGGUGGCUGCCUCGGGGAUCUCAUGCCCAAGGCCAUCGAAAGGUUCAAGUACCCCUUGGUGCUUCUAUUCUUGGGCAUCACCGGGUUGCAAGCCUAUUUGGCGGUCUCCAAUAUGGAACAAGCUACUGGGAUCCCGCAGACCUUUCCCGAU